AUGCUACCAUCCCAUUUCCUAAUUCAGAGAACGCUUCUCAGUUCCUCUCAAACUGAUGCAGCUCUUUUCCAAGCCACUAACUUCUACUGACACCCGCAAAAGGUUAGCCAUACCCACCAAGAGUCUGACCUCCUUGUUACACAACGAAGGAGGCAACGCCGUGGAGUUGCACGUCCGGCAUGGGACCGCUGUGUGGCCAAUUAUGUGCACAACUCGCAAAAAGGGGCAUAAAAAGCCAGUCCUUUCCAAAGGGUGGAGAUCAUUUGCUCUUAAAAACAAACUAAAUGUGGGUGAUAUUGUAACCCUUUUCAAGGAGGAAGAUGAAGCAGGGUAUUUGAACUACAGAAUAGAGGUGGUAAGAGCAAAUCAGCCAUCUCUUCAGCAUUCCGGUGCCACCGUCGGAAAUUUACCGUUCGGUGACUCCGGCGAAGCAACUUGCAUACCAUAUUUCAAGUAUGAAGAUGGUGAAGUCAAGCGAUUUGGUGUUACAGACGAGAAAGUGGAGAAUUAUUCUUUCAAACUAUUUGGGGCUCGUAUUGUUCAAGCUGAUGAAUCACUGGUGGAGCGCUCCGAUGAAUCUGCAGCCGGAGAAGCAGACGUUGGGACCAAGGAUAAGAGAGAAGACAGCGAGUGCUCCAAAGGGCUCAGUCUAGAUUUGACUCUGGCGUCAUCCAUAAUGAAUGGCCCAAGUUAACUCUUGCGGCCCAUUAUUUUAGCCCAAUUAAAAAAUAUCAUCACCC